UUUUAUUGCCGAACCCUAAUCGAUCUCUUUAUUAGGGUUUAAGAUAAAGCUGAAGCCUUCCAGUCAAAAAGCAUCGGAGUUCAGCCAGAGGCGGAUUUUGCAAAGAUGUAUCUCCAAUUUUACAUCAACGAUAACGGCGACAAAGUUUACACCACAAAGAAGGAAUCACCAGUUGGUUCGGCCACACAGUCGGCUCAUCCUGCUCGGUUCUCUCCCGAUGAUAAAUUCUCGAGGCAGAGGUUUCUUUUGAAGAAGCGCUUUGGUCUGCUUCCUACACAACAGCCACCUCCCAAGUACUGAGUUCGUUAUUGGGGUUCCUCAAACGGUUUGUUUUGUCUUGUUCCCCGGUCAUGUCUACUCGACUCUUGGUGUUUAGUUUUUAUGAUUCCUAGGAAUAUCUAUUAUCUUUCGUUAUGUUGUCUGGAUUCUGUUUUAUGCUUCUUGGAUACAUUCCCCUUUAGAGGUUCUGUUGGUUGAUCGAAUCGACUUCUUACCUUAAUUAAUGUAUGAUAUGAUGUUUUAGUACAUUGUUCAUUUGGUUUCGAACGGCUAGUUGUU